AUGCCCUCAACCAACAAAUGGACCACUCGGGUCCUCUUGUGCCUCUUAUCCUCCUGCAAAUCAGCUCUCAUGCUACAAGUCAAAUAUCCCGAGCUAGCUACUCGAGUCACAACUAGUCAACCUGUUACUCAACAAACUUCGCCGCCUCUCAUUGGUGGAUGUCAUGGGGUGGCACCUCAAUAUCAACUACAGUGCUAUAAGGAAAAUUGUCGCGAACCUGCUGGUCCUCCUGGAUCAUCAUGUGCUUCUUACCCACCAGAUUAUCAGCUAGCAUGUUACAAAUCAAAAUGCGAUCCAAAGCCUGAAACGACAACCACCGUUGAGAUAGCACUUCAAUCUCCCGUGGGUGCCAGUGCAGGAAACGAUUGUGAUGGAGUAGCGCCAGAAUAUGAGUUAGAAUGCUUUUACCACAAUUGCCCUAUGCCUGGACCUCCAGGAUUCUCAUGCGCCUCAUUGCCUCCACAAUAUCAAAUUGAUUGUUACAAGAAGCGCUGCCAUGAAGUUUACACUCCUCUUGCAUCAGAACCGGCUCUACAAACGCCGAAUUCCGUUCCAGAAACUCCCAGCCCUGCUCAACAAACACCUAAUCCUGCUCAGCAGAGUCCUGGGUUAGAUAGAGGCUGUAUCAACGUAGCCCCCGAAAACCAGCUCGAAUGUUACCGUAAUAAUUGUUUAAUGUCGGGUCCUAUCGGUUAUUCGUGCGGUACUUUACCACUGGACUAUCAACUACAAUGCUAUAAAGCACAUUGCGAUAACAAUAACUCUCUUGGCGCCGAACUUCCUGUACUUCAAACUCUAGAGGAUGGUUCUAGUGCGUCAGGAAUUUCGGAUGAUGAUCGUUCGAGUGCUUCUGGUAGCUCGGAUGAUGAUGGGGCCAAUGGUCAAGAUAGCAAGGGAAAAUCAUUUCCAGAUGUUUAA